GUACGUAUUGGUUUCCCUAAAGCCUCACUUGAAUUGUCUUUUAAGCUGGGGAUUGAGAAAGUGUAGUCAUUUGAAUUUUUCUUAUGCGAGACCAGUGAUGGUCUCAAGAACAAUGGGAGGAUUCACGACAAACAUUAUUGGCACCCCUGGACUUGUGGAAGCUGGAUAUGUCAAUCACAAAGCUCUCCAGUUAAUCAAAGGGUUUCUUGUGAACAGAGCCAUAUAUGUCUUGCUCUAUGUUGAUCGUUUGGAUGUGUAUAGAGUAGAUGAGCUUGAUAAGCAAGUUGUUCAAGCAAUCACCCAAACCUUUGAAAAAGAGAUAUGGUGCAAAACCUUACUUGUUUUGACUCAUUCUCAAUUCUCCCCACCCGAUGAACUUUCCUUUAAAACUUUUUCCUCCAAGAGAUCAGAUUCUCUCCUCAGCACUAUCCGCGCUGGUGCUAGGAUGCGAAAACAACAAUUUGAGGAUUCUGCAAUUGCGGUUGUAUAUGCAGAGAACAGUGGAAGAUGCAGCAAGAAUGAAAAGGAAGAAAAAGGUGGGUAUUCCACAUGCACUUAGCUUCCAAGAGUCAAAAGAGCUAUGGGUUCGAGCUGAUCUUGAUGGAAAUGGUGUGUUCGACUAUGAAGAACUUAAGAAAAUUUUGGAGCAUGACAAUGAUGAAUCAAUCUGGAAACUGCAAAGAGAGUGUGAUGGAAGAAGGAGAAGAAGAAGAAGCAAUUGGACUGAAAGUGAAUAAAGCGUUUUUUGUUUCCGCAAGAAGCAGAGAAAGGAUUGUGGCCGGAGAAUUACAGUCUCUCAGAUCACGCUUGUCUCACCGUACAGUUCUCACCGGUCAAAAUGCUCUGUAGUUAAGUUUUGUUUAUUAUGAUGGCUCUUGUAAAUGUAUAGAAGCAAUGAGACUGAGAUUUGCCACGCGAAGUUUACAAACCUCUGAA